CCGCCAGUCGGCUUCUUCUUUCGGAGGUUGGGUCAGUAAGUGGGCGAUUCGGAACAGGUUGAAAAGCGUCGGUUUAACUGGGAGAGGAAUGACAGCCCACGAAACGCCAAGCUUGUCUGGUCUGGUGGACGAAGCCCGCGCAGUGUUUCGGAAGAGCUUCGAGGACGUGCGGCCCACUUUGACAGCCGUAGCACCCGGGAGAGUGAAUUUAAUCGGCGAGCACACAGAUUACAACCAGGGAUUCGUGCUGCCCAUGGCUUUGCCUAUGUGCACAGUUAUAGUGGGAAUUCCAACAUCAGACAAGUUUGCUGUCAUUGUAACUGCAGCAAAAGAAGCCGAUGAACCCCACAAGAUCGAUUUCCCAAUUCCUGAAGGUUCCAGUCCUCUUAAACCUGGGGAGCCCAAAUGGGCCAAUUAUGUGAAGGGAGUUGUCCAGUAUUAUAGAGCGGGUCCUCUUCCAGGCUUCAAGGCUGUAAUAGCGAGUAAUGUGCCACUUGGAGGUGGGCUCUCCAGCUCUGCAUCUCUCGAGGUUGCUAUGUAUACCUUCUUGCAACAGCUUUGCCCAGAUGAUGGAGAUUUGGUGAAAAAAGCACUUGCUUGUCAGAGAGCGGAACAUGAUUUUGCAAACAUGCCUUGUGGAAUUAUGGACCAGUUUAUAUCAGUCAUGGCCAAAGAAGGACAUGGACUUCUUAUAGAUUGCAGGUCCUUGGAAUUCUUCCCUGUGCCGCUUACAGAUAACAAACUCAUUAUCUUGGUAACAAAUUCAAAUGUGCGCCAUACGCUGUCUGGCAGUGAGUAUCCUACCCGUCGGAAGCAAUGUGAACAAGCAGCUUUAGCACUUAACAAGCCGAGCCUCAGAGAAGCCUCCAUAGAAGAUUUGGAAGCUGCAAGGGAUAAGCUUGAUGAGGAGACAUUCAGAAGAGCUCGCCAUGUUAUUGGGGAGAUUGACAGGACUUCACAAGCUGCUGAAGAAUUAAAACUGGGCAACUACAGGGAGUUUGGAAAACUUAUGGUGGAAAGUCACAAUUCCCUCAGAGAUGACUAUGAAGUAAGCUGUCCAGAGUUGGAUCAAUUAGUAAAGUUAGCCUUGGAAGUGGAUGGUGUGUACGGCAGCAGGAUGACUGGCGGGGGAUUUGGAGGUUGCACUGUUACCCUGCUUAAUUCUUCAGCUGUGGAGAAGACAACUAAGCACAUUCAGAAACAUUACAGUGGUGUGCCAACUUUCUAUAUCACUACACCAUCAGAAGGAGCACGCAGCUUGACCUUCUGACGACUGCACCACACAGGUAGAGCAGGGUCUCAGGGUCUGAGUGUCUAUGAAUUCAGAAUAUUUAAACCUAGAUCAAGGGGUCUAAACUGAGUAAUACUUAUGGCUCCUGGUUAUGUGGUAAGAAAGGAGUUGAAGGUUUAUUUGGGACAGGAACAAAUGUUUGUCUCCAGGUAAUGUUGCUAUUGAGAGAUCCCAGCAUACCUACUAACCAUGCACUUUAAAAAAAAUCUACAACAAAGAGCCUCUGCCUAACAGGGUCUCUGCGCUCACUGCACAAAAAGCAUCCUCUCGGUGAGAUGGUCGAGCAGCUUUUGAAAUCAUUCAGCAUUUAGGCACCGAUAUCUGAGCCAUGCUUCUCUAAGUCAAAUUUAAAACCUUCACAGCCCUCCCAAGUGGAUGUAGACAAGAGUUUCUGUUGAGAGGGUCAAAGGAAAAUGAUGAAAAAUAAAAAAUAGUUGUCAAGAUGUAUAAUGUUUUCCACCAUUAGUAAUUAAACCAAAAUACAUUUUUAUAAGCAUUGUUUUUUUUUUAUAUAAACUGUCCAUAUAUCAAGGCAUACAUUUUAUUAAAAAAGUCUUACUAUUAAAUACACUAAUAUAGGUUCAUAGAGUAUUUUCUGUCGCAUGAACCAAGUAUAGUGACAUUCUUACUUGCAUGUAAUAUUCAACAUGCAACAUGUCUCCAAUCUCCAGCACCAAGAUCAGGGAGUAUAACAACCUCCCUUACCUGAAAAAUCUCAGAACACAUUUGUCAUAACUGAGCAUCAACAAAUUAUAUGCCAAAUGUGGUAAUGCUGUAAAUUACAUUAUGUAAAAUAUAAACCCAUACUCUACGGUUUAUAGGGGUUUGUGUGUGUUCUUUUACCUUGGUGUGCGAUAAAGCAGUAGUAUCCAUUCCAGAUGAAGAUGACCAGGAGUGAGAAAUGCUGUGCAGUGUCUCCAUUACUAAGUAUAACCGUUGUACUGUACAGAUGGCUUCUUAGUAACUGGAGAAGUGCUGUACGUACACCUGUUUUUUUAAUGUAAGUUUCCAUACAGGAUGAGUCAAAAUUAUGUUAACGCUAAUGGAUUAUUUUUAUCUCCACCACACCUUUCCAGGUUAGUGGGUGGGUAGUUGUGGAUCAUUACCAUGGCCUCCAGACUCCCUCUGAUUUGACACCCUGUGAUUUCUGGUUAUGGUGAAGGAGCGCGUUUAUAGCAGGAAAGUCUGUGAUAUCAAUGACCUGAAGGCCAGAACACGGGCUGUGGUAUCACCUAUUACCCACAAAAUGUGUGUCUGGGCUUCAAAUGGUGCUGUGGCUCGUUGGUUUUUGUGUGUUGAACAAGAUGGCGAACGUGCUGAGACAGUCCUGUAAAUCAUGUUGUACAUAUGAAGUAUGUUUUGAGAAUAAAUUGUUGCUGCCAUUCAUUAUGUUAACAUACUUUUGACUCACCCUGUAUAUUGAGUUGCACAUUUUAUGAAAAUUAUAUACUGCGUGUGCACUUAACAGAUAUGCAUUUAUAUACGGUACAUACACACUUGUAUAGUUUAUACAUGUUUGUGGAAUUUAGCCAUGAUGUCAGAAGAGGCAGGGGGUGUCUAGCCCCUAAAAUGACACAAUGGCUUUAAUUUUUUUUACAGCAGUUAAUUUCUUAUUUAAAAACCUAAUCAUGUUGGUAACAAAACAUUCCUCUUUCUCGUUAUCUCACUGUUUCAGAAAUUCCUCUGAGUGGAAAUGUUUCAUUUUUCUGAGAAAAAUAGGGUUUACAAGUUGGGUAGGAUUAUAAAACCUGAUAUUUCUCAGUUUACUUACUUACUAUAUUUCUGUAUUGCAAAAGGGUGAUGUUGUAAAGACUACUUCAUUCAUGGCAUUUGUAAAAGGUAAUUCAGUACAAAUGUAGUUAGAUUAAGCAGCAAGUGUACACGGAUUGUUUCGGGUUGGGGGAGAGGGAUUAUUAGCACUUCGUGUUAAAUGAUGAUCAGUUCAAAGACAAUAAAAUUAAUACUAGAGGCUGCUUUUCAGUGAUUAAACUUUGCACCAGUAAUCAUUUUACUAGAAGAUCUAAUGUUUACUAGAAUAUUCCCAGUGUUGGCUUUUAAGAAUAAAUUAAUGCAAUACAAUUUUUUUUUUCUCACCGUCUUGUGAGGAUCACAACUUUUGACACUGUUACUUUUAUGUCACCUCUGUUACUAUUGUAUUUGAGCAUAAAUUCUUUCAAGUUGUACUUUAUCCUUGUACUAUUUUGGUUACUGGACAUCUUUUGGUGAAUCUAGGGUGUAAUUACUGGAUGUUUUGUCAGUGUGAAGGUCAAUUACAGAUCCUUUUCCAACACUUCAUACACCAAAGAAUAGUUUCAAAUACUUUUGUACAUAUUAACCUUUACUCUGCUAGUGUUUAAAUUUAUCGUGCUAUGGUAAAUGGGGGAGAAAAUGUACAUGAAGUAAAAGUUGCAUAGAAUCUUUCCAGUAUUUUGAAAGGUAAUAUUGUAAGUUUUUGUAUGGAACAUCAUACAUGUCUAAUGAAGACAAUCUAAACCUUUUAAGCUAUUAAAUUAGCUUAUGCUGCCUACUUUGAAUGAGAAUAGCGUGUCUAGGAGCAUCUUGCAGUAUCUUAACUGGAAGAUAAACAGUUACACAACCUGUAAAAAAAUAAUCACCGCACAUGAGAGAAGUCCAAAUCCUAUUACGUGAUAUAAUCUACUGUUAACUUCUGCUGUGUACUUGUAAGAUUUCUAUUGCACUCUUGUAUUGUAUUGAGGAUUACUUGUGUUCUGUUCUGUGUAUUUUAUUGUAUUGACCCCCUUCUUUCUGACACCCAUUGCACAGCCAAUGUCAAAAGGCAGGGCCUGUUAAAGCCCACUGCUGCACCUCUUGUGUGAUAAAAGUAAUGAACUUCUACAGUACAAUACAAUUAAGUAAGAAAAUAUUUUCCAUUGCUUGUGUUAUAAUAAUGCAUACAAAGAUAGCAGGACUCACUUUAAAACAGUUUAUUAAUUUUAAAAUGUUUGACAACAUACUGAUAAAAAGAUCAUACUGUACAACUAACAUUUUAUAAAAUAUACACCAUUAAAAACAUAUCAGACUUUUGCUGCAUAUUCAUUUUCCAUGCAUCACUGAAUCAGUAGCACAUUCUACACAUUUCUGUUCCUCAGUGUGCGCAUGCUGAAACAUCUCAGGUUGACAGACUGACACUACAUUCCCACUGACGUCAGAUUUAUUCCCAUAUAAUGUCCAACAACAGACACCUAGACUUUAAAUGGCAGAUGAAGACGUUAGGACCUCCAACAGAUUUGUCACUGAUGCAGCAAAGCAAACUGCCUACACUUCCACGCCAAGUGAGGUCAUAAUGUGUUUAUUAUCCCUUUAGUGUUGGGUCCACUUGUCAGACUUGAAAGGACCACCCUAAAGCUGGACGGAGCAUUACUACAACUCUAGCUUUUCCUGCGGUGGUCUACUUUUUUCCUUUUGUAGAUUUGUUUUUUUUCUUGAAAACGGCAGUCAAGGUGUGAGACUAGUGUAAAUAAUGCUAAUACGACUUUACUGAAGAGCUUUUCCCAAUAUGUACUGUAUUGCCUCUAAGUGGCUAUAAAAUGUGCAAGGCAGAGUUAGUGCUGUUCAAUAAUAAUAAUAAAAAACAACAAACACACACUAUUUUGUUAAGGACUGGAGCAAAGAACACCAUUAGGAGGCCUGUUUGACAAAGAGAGCGAUGGCUGCUGCUGAUGAGGUAAAGAGGUACAAAAUGGCAUACGUGUGUCAACAGUGAGAGCAGUCCUGAGCAAAACAGGAGACAUGCAAUGGAAGGUAAAGAUCAGAGAAUCUAAACUUUGACUUGAAUGUUUCCUUUCCGUGACACUGCUGUUAGUUCCACUCCUGAUCACGGCAGUGGCAUGGGCUCAAGUGCAUAGGCGUGGAUUCUUUGUCUCUUUGUGAACAGGUCUGUCUUGCUUAUUUUAUCUGGACUUUUAAUGUCAUUCCACAUUUUAAGAUCAUUUUUUUGCAUUUAAAUCUGCCUUGAAACAAGAAACGGCCAAAUAUAAGAGACAAUGAAAACCUCAGACAAACUUGGAAUAAAUAAGAAAUACUUAAAAAAUGUAAAACAUUCCCUUAAAUUAGAAACAGUGAUUUAAAUGACUUCUAAACACAACAAAAAAAGGACGUUCGAAUAAGUCAAAGUAACGUCAGGGAAAUGCUUAUAGACGCGAAAUGACAGAGUUUUUUUUUUUUUUUUAGGUUUGUGUUUAACGCUUUGAGUUUCUACUCUGACGUAAGAAAAUCUGCUCGUCAUUCUGGGCAGAUGACAAAUGGUAUCCAAAACCCAGAAUGACUGCCAUUCUGACCACACAGGGACAACGCUUCAAGUUUUAAGGGCUUGGAUUUCAACUGUAACUCAUGAUUUAAAGUUGACUUAUGUACAGCAUUGUCCUUUCUAAUGUGUGAUAUUAGAUGAUGUCAGGAUGAUAUCUACAAUCUGCUUUUUUAUGUUCUUAAUAAACUCGGGGUGGAUUUAAUGUUGAAAUCACUUUAUAAAUAAUUUAGUGAUGGCCACUGCUGGAUGCUGGGUCACCACACUAGAACACAG